CGUUCAAAUAUCUAUUUCUCCCUUGCUCUGCCUGGGAUGUGGUGAACAGUCAUACUCGCUUCCUUGAGCUACCAUGAGCGCUAGAGCUCUUCUUCACUCUUUCUCUCCCCAUUUUCGGCCCCGCAUCUCCCCCCCUGAUUUCUCCGUCUCCAAGAAGAGUUUUGGUUUCAGUCUUCCUGAGUUGAAGCGCAGAGAAUUUCUUCAUUUUCGAGUUCGCCUUCAAUCUGAUGAAGGCUGCGGUGUUUUCCGUGUUUCGGUACGGAAUUCUGGUCGGGGUGGAAAAGUAUAUGCAGAUGUUAAGUCAGAGCCCUACGAAAUAUCGGAUACGGUGCCGGAAUCCGUUAAGUUCCAAGACGGGUUGAACGAUGUCGUUUUAAGCGAGGGUGAGUUAGAGAGUUCUGCGCCUUGGUGGGAAGAAUUCCCUAAACGAUGGGUUAUAGUGAUCUUGUGUUUCUCCGCCUUUCUUCUGUGCAACAUGGAUAGAGUGAACAUGAGCAUUGCUAUACUUCCCAUGUCCGCGGAGUUCAACUGGAAUCCCGCCACAGUCGGUUUGAUCCAAUCUUCCUUUUUCUGGGGAUACCUCCUCACCCAGAUUGCUGGUGGCAUAUGGGCUGACACAGUGGGUGGGAAGCUGGUUUUGGGAUUUGGCGUAGUUUGGUGGUCCAUUGCUACAGCUCUGACCCCUGUGGCUGCCAAAGUUGGGUUGCCUUUCCUCCUUUUCGUUCGUGCUUUCAUGGGCAUUGGUGAGGAUGCUUCUUCAUUUAGUGUGGCUCUGUUUCAGGGUGUUGCUAUGCCUGCCAUGAAUAAUAUUCUGUCCAAAUGGGUUCCUGUAUCUGAGAGGAGUAGAUCAUUAGCACUGGUGUAUAGUGGCAUGUAUCUUGGAUCAGUCACUGGCCUGGCUUUCUCUCCCUUCUUAAUACAUCAAUUUGGUUGGCCAUCGGUAUUUUACUCCUUUGGUUCUCUAGGGACAGUUUGGUUUGCUGUAUGGCUAAAUAAGGCCUACAGUUCACCUCUUGAUGAUCCUCAGCUCCGGCCAGAAGAAAAACAGCUGAUUUUUGCACACAGUGUUUCCAAGGAACCUGUCAAAACAAUACCAUGGGGAUUAAUCUUGUCCAAAGCACCUGUAUGGGCCCUAAUAGUGUCUCACUUCUGUCACAAUUGGGGUACAUUUAUUCUGCUAACAUGGAUGCCAACAUACUAUAACCAAGUCUUAAAGUUCAAUCUUACGGAAUCUGGGCUUUUAUGUGUUUUGCCGUGGCUUACAAUGGCAUUUUCUGCAAAUCUUGGAGGAUGGAUUGCUGAUACACUUGUGAGCAAAGGUUUAUCUGUAACAACAGUUCGCAAGAUCAUGCAAACAAUCGGGUUUCUUGGCCCUGCCUUUUUCCUAACUCAGUUGAGCCAUGUUAAUUCUCCUGCAAUGGCUGUACUGUGCAUGGCUUGUAGUCAGGGUACUGACGCAUUUUCCCAGUCUGGUCUAUAUUCAAAUCAUCAAGAUAUUGCACCUAGAUAUUCUGGAGUGUUGCUUGGUCUAUCCAAUACGGCUGGAGUACUAGCAGGAGUCUUUGGAACAGCAGCUACUGGUUACAUCUUGCAACAUGGUUCUUGGGAUGAUGUUUUCAAGGUUUCAGUUGGGCUGUACUUGGUUGGAACCGUUGUCUGGAACCUCUUUUCGACUGGUGAGAAAAUAUUGGAUUAACUUUCUUGUAGGUUGAUCUUUAGUACACAGCUCAGCCUUCCCAUUCACGAGUCUAUAGAGAAGAGUUGAACGAUUGAAGAUUGAUUUGGGAAGAAAAUGAAUGAGCAAGAUAAAUCUGAGGGAUAUCCCAUUAUAAAAUUCUGGGUCUGGAGCACUAGGCAAAUUUUGUAAAUGCCAUCGAAGAGCUCGAUUGUUGAAUUCCAUUAAUGCCAAUGCCAAAGUCCAUAAUGAAUAGUUGCAUUCAUACUCAUGAAGGAAGAAUACAUUUGUAAAGUAUCUCAGGCUCCCCGCCAGGGCUUGUAAAUGAUGUAAUCAAUAUUUCAAAAAAAAAAAAUCAAAUUUACUUUACAUUUUCCCCUAUACUAUUUUAGCUAAUCUAUUUUAUUAAUGCUGCUGUUUAUUGUGUACAAUUACAAAAAAAAAAAAAAAAAAUCCCACUAAUGCGAAUUGUAAUGUGUAUAUGGAUUAAUAAAAAUUAUUAAUUAGUAUAAUGUUACAGAAUUA